AGAAAGGAUUUUCGAAGCCAGACAAUCUUCUUUUGAGCGCUUCUUAUGGAGCUGUGAUCAACAGCCCAAUGACUCAACUCACUAGCGAGGAUACCUGGGCUAUCGUUGAUCUCGUGGACGAUUCUAAAAAAUGGGCAGAUAUGACCCCUAAAGAGAAAAUCCUUCGUGUUUUCGGCAAUGGAUUCAAAAUAUUGUCGGCCCUCAGUUUACUUUAUUUUUUCAUUUGUUCGCUGGAUUUAUUGGCCAGCGCCUUCCGCCUCAUUUCCGGGGAAACUGCCGGAACGAUAUUUCGACAGAACGAACUUAUGCAAAAUCCAUUUGUCGGACUGAUGAUUGGCAUUUUAGUAACAGUUCUCGUUCAGAGUUCCUCCACAUCCACUUCUAUUGUGGUAAGCAUGGUCGGUACCAAUGUUUUAACAGUGGGAAUGGCAAUUCCAAUCAUCAUGGGGUCGAACAUUGGAACUUCGGUAACUAACACUAUCGUCUCGUUCGCUCAAAUUGGGAACAAAAACGAAUUCCGAAGGGCAUUUGCAGGCGCUAUCGUUCACGACAUUUUCAACUGGCUAACAGUUUCCGUUCUCUUCACAAUCGAAAUCCUUUGCCAACCAAUUUUUGGUAUCGGUUACCUGGAGUGGUUGAGUGGCAUUGCGGUUGGCAAAAUCAACAGCUCCUCUUCUACAGAUGGAGAAAUUAACAUUUUAAAAGAAAUAACCGAUCCUAUUGUAGGCCUUAUCAUACAGGUUGAUCCGAAUGUUAUUAAAGGAUGGGCCAAUCGCGAUCCAACUUACGAGAAUGCUUCACUGAUUCGGCAUUGUGGAGGCAAUAUCACCGACCCCAUCCCGUGUGAUGGAGUUUUCAUAUUUGAAAAUACAACAAUGAAGGACUGGUCCAUUGGAUUGAUUCUUUUAGCUAUUGCACUAUUCGUUCUGUGUGGCAGUAUGAUCUGCCUGGUAAAAAUCCUCAACUCAAUGAUGAAAGGACAUAUUGCCAACGUUAUCAAACACAUCGUCAAUGCCAAAAUACCUUACCUUCCUUGGCUAACGGGUUACAUCGCUCUUCUCGUCGGAGCUGGGAUUACAUUCAUCGUGCGCUCCAGUUCGGUUUUCACUUCAGCUCUCAAUCCGCUCAUCGGCAUUGGUUUCAUUUCCAUCGAAACAGUUUAUCCGCUGACUUUAGGAUCAAAUGUAGGCACCACCACAACGGCCUUACUUGCAGCUUUCGCAGCUUCACCAGACGCUCUGCACAACACGUUGCAAAUUGCGCUUGUUCAUUUGUUCUUCAACGUGACGGGCAUUUUACUUUUCUAUCCCAUUCCGUUCAUGCGUUUACCCAUUCCGAUGGCCAAGUUCUUGGGCGAAGUGACUGCCAAGUAUCGAUGGUUCGCAAUUGUUUCUCUUGUCGGCAUGUUUUUCGUUUUACCGGCCACUGUUUUAGGUCUUUCCAUUGCUGGAACUGUCGCACUACAAUGCGUCGGUAUUCCUUUCCUUAUCAUAAUUGUAGCAACGGCCGUUAUCAAUAUUGUACAGAAGAAACGUCCAGCUUUGCUGCCACCGGUGUUGAGGAACUGGAUGUGGUUGCCGGAAUUCUGUCGAUCGUUGGAGCCUUACGACCGUCAGCUCUCCAAACUAUCCUGUUGCAAUAGAUUUAGCCAGGAUGGAAAGGAAAAGACAGUUAAUGUUAGAACAGAAGUUUCAUCAACUCCUCUUUCAAAUGACUCCAUUCCUUGAAUGAAAACCAUGAAUAUUACUGACCGAAACUGAUGUUACC